GGAAGAUAGUGUGAAGAGUUAGUCAAUAUAUAACAGUUUACCCUAUAUGGUCCCACCCAUCUCAGUCAUUUCCUACACAUAAGCUCCCUCUCUCAUUGUCAUGAUGCGGGCCAUGUCAAUGAGAAUAUGAUGACGCCUUUCUUUCAUCUACACUCAUUGUCUUUGUGCGAUGCAUAAUAAUGAGCUUACAUCCUUUCAUCAGGUCUAACUCAGAACCUCUCCUCCCUCCAUCGCGGUAAAUCUCAAAGCUAUCUCUUUGCAAAGACACGGCUUCGGGAUGUGCUUCCCGGGGUUUUCGCCAUCUCACGCUUUAGAAAAUACACAACAAAAGUCUUGACAUCCUCUUUGGCUUUGCAGCAAUAAAUGCUCACCAACCAUCUUGACCACAAAGCUUCAAUAAGUACAAUACACAUAUAAAUACGCCGAUGAACUUUUACUAAAUAAAUGUUGUCAUGAAUGAAUGUUGUCAUGAAUCAUAGCGUUCUUUUGUCAAGUUGCAUAAACACAAUAUCAGUUAGCUGCCGGAAGAUAACCGAAGCAAUCAUUGGUCCAAAUGAAUUAGAACGUAUAUUUACUUCAAAUCCAGCCCUAUCCUUCUCAAAAUACGAGAGCCCUAAAUGGACCCAGUCAUAGAAAUACAAGAGGUAUAUAGGGUUGGCAGUAAUAAAGGUCUUCGAAAGUUUGUUGUCAAAGAGCGUUGUAGAAUUUAUGAAGAUGAUCUUCAGGAUAAAGAAGAUUUUAACUUGAUGAUCAUGGACAUAUACGAAUUAAUACUCAACAAUGUAACCUUCAAGAACUGGCGCAAAAAGCAUUUGCGUGAGGAAGACUUUGGGUGCUAUUGGAAAGCUAUUUUUGAUAUUGUUUUUCGAGGAACCAGUGUUUCGCUAGUAAGAGGAGAGGCCUGCUGUCCAGCGACAGAGUAUGAAAGACAGAUCAACGAGUAUGAAUACGGCAAUGUCUCUACUGGUGUACAUUGUAAUUUUUAGGAGUUUAUACUCAAUUUACACACUGUAUAAACAAGGCCUCUAAAAAAUAUAAAAAGUUGAGGCUUUCAAGUAAAACAAGUGGUUCUGUUAAACCUCGUUUACAGUCGCCUCCCAGAAGAGCAUAUGCUUUUCCUGAAAACACAUUUUAUACACUUAAAAGAAAAUAAAAUAUAUUUUUUUCUACUAUUUU